AUGGGUCCUGGGAUUCAUGAAGAAGGAACAAGGGGGAACGCUUUUCGAGCAGAGGCCAAGGCUCUUCGUGAAGGUUUGCAAACUGCUUGGAACCAGGGAACUCAAAAACUUUUAUGCGAAACAGGCUGUAAAGAACUUGUAGACAUCCUGCGAGAUGAUCACAGGGUGGCUACCCAUCCCCAGGUGAUUCUUCUCCAAGAGAUUCGCAGCUUCAUGACUCAUGCUUGGCAACUCCACCUCUCUUGGACUCCACGCGAAAGUAACCAGGCAGCAGACUGGCUAGCCAAACACAGCUAUCGAGGGUCAGGCAUGGAGAUUACCACCUUGGAUGCACCUGGACCGGAGCUUCAAGUUCUCAUUCUGCAAGAUGCACUAGGCAUCACUUAG